ACCUGAUGAGCACACCGAGUUUGGAAGACUUCCACAAGCGUCAGCAGAUCUUCACACCAGGCAACCUUCCUCCCGGCAAGCAUGUCUGUCUCAGAAAGCAAGAAAGUGGCUGCUCUGGGUCAGCCCUUCACCUUGGGAAUGCUCUACAAUGCCUGCAAAGAUGAACUCAUCCCGGGUUUCUCUCUGUGGGAUACGGCAACCCUGGAAAGCCACACCACUGAAACUGCGCAAAAAAGCAGUUCUUUUAAGAUUACGGCUUCUGACACCAUCGAAUCAAGGUCUUCUCUGAUGGAUAUUGAAGCUUCUCUGAAGCUCAGUUUCUUGGGUGGGCUCAUUGAGGUUGGAGGAUCUGCCAAAUACCUGAAUGACCAAAAGCAAUUCAAGAACCAGAGCAGAGUGACCUUUCAGUAUAAAGCGACCACCAACUUCAAACAGCUUUCUGUGCUUGCUCUUGGACAACUGAACAGCCAACAAAAAGAAAUCAUCGAGAAAGGCAAGGCGACGCAUAUAGUCACUGGCAUCCUUUAUGGGGCGAAUGCCGUCUUUGUGUUCGACAGCGAGAAGUUGGAAUCCAGCCGUGUUCAAGAUAUCCAGGGCAACAUGGAAGCUGUGAUCAAAAAGAUUCCUUUACUGAGCAUUGAAGGCAGCGCUCGGUUACAUCUAUCUGAAGAAGAACAAGCACUGACCAACAAGUUCAGCUGUAAGUUCUUUGGGGACCUUAUCCUUGAAACAAAUCCUGCCACAUUUACUGAUGCGAUCAAAGCCUACCGUGAGCUUCCAGCGCUACUGACGCAAAAGGACAACAGCGGUCCUCUGGUUGUCUGGCUGUACCCUCUGAAUUUAUUGUACGCCCAGGCUCCGACGCUGAUCGGAGACCUCAGCAUUUCCCUGGCAAGGCAAAUUCAAACUGCUAUGGAAGACGGAAACGAAGUGGAAAUGAGAUGCAAUGACAGCUUGCAUAGCAGUACCGCACAGGAAUUCACCGUAAUUCACAAAAAUUUAGAUAGUUUUAAAAAACUGUGUUCUUUUUACACAUCUUCAAUCAAACUCCUGUUGGCAAAGAGCCUACCAAGUAUCCGUGACGGCAAACAAGACGAGAGCGCCUUAGCAAAAGUACUAAGCGACCGUGAAAAGUCUCCAUUCAAUCAAGAAAACCUAAACAAGUGGUUGGACGCCAAAGAACGAGACAUCAAUGUCGUUUGGUCCUGUGUUGAGAUGAUACUACGUGAAUCAAACGCCAGUGUCGUCAGCACUCCAUCCGAAUUGGAUCGAGCGGUUCUUGCGCCGGGCGUCACAAAUGUUCUUGUCUAUGUUUUCACCAACUUAGACACCGCAGACACUUUCCUGGAGGCAAUGGCCAGAUACUUAGAUACAUCCCAAUUCCAAGAAAGCAGUGAAACCAAAGCGUCCUUCACAGACGCUGAUAUCACCCAAAUGAGAGAAGAUGUCCAAACGUUCCUUAAAUACGCUAAACCUCUGAAGCACAGCAGCAGUGUCAAGUUCCUCAUAACUGCUCUAACAAAUAAGAACUACAAGGCGUCGACCAUCUACCAUUACAAGGAUGGUCUUCUCGUCAGUGACAAGUUCAUAGUUCCAUCCCUCCCGGCACUUGACAACGUCACAGACAGAAAUGAAGUCAUCUGGCAUGCUAUCGAUCUCACAUUGGACGAAAAUACCGUCAACACAAACCUCACUCUGUCUGGGAACAAAAGGGUGACAAACAGCAGUGCCAGCUUAUAUUCUUCUAACUCAGAGAGGUUCAUCGAUCAACCUCAAGUUCUCUGCAAAGAAGGGAUGACUGGUCGUCAUUACUGGGAGGUUGAGUGGAGGGGAGAAAUUUAUGUAGCGGUUGCACGUGCUGAAGCUCCCAGGAAAGGUUAUGACCACUGGCCACUAUAUGCAAGGUUUGGAGAUGCCGUCCGUUCCUGGGCAAUUCGAGUAAAGCAUGACUGGCAAUAUGCCUUGGGAGCCAUGGGUGUGUUUUCCGAUAAAUUUUCCCUGUCUGGCAUACAAAAGAUUGGAGUGUUUCUGGACUGGCCAGGUGGCGCUCUUGCCUUCUAUGGCGUCUCUGGAAACAACAUGAAACACUUGUUAACCUUGGAGAUGUACUAUAAAGAACCCAUUUAUGCAGGUUUCGGAGUAUUUGACAAACACGGUUAUGCUAUGCUGUCGUUUUAGAUACUGCCGCAUUUUGAUUGUAUUAUCAGCUAUGCAACUCUUUUAGAUUGGCUUGUUGCAAACAGCUUUGUAGUUGUUCAAAUCCCUGCCUUUCGGACUGAAGUCGAGGAACAGUACGGUGUAGCACGGGGGGGUACUCAUUAUGUCCAUCGCAGAGGUCAUUAGUAUGGAUGUCCUCAUUUAUCGGCAGCCGAUCCAGUGUACGUAUUUUCGAAGAUAAUAUCGGAUUCCGCCUCGAGAGCGGGCCGAUCCGGUUGCCGCAUCAUGUUAGUAAAAGUAACACACAUAACAACAUGGUAUGUGUCGCGAUGCGACUCCCGCCACCUGGAAGACAUGUCCGCCGUGUACGCUGGUGAAGGUACUUUAUCGUUGGAUGUUGGAUAUUAGGCUCCAUAGAUAGAGCAUCGAUUGGAACCAGUUCUGACAUUUCAAUUCUCCUGGAACCGUUGACUUUUUUUUAAACUUCUGGUGCUUAUGUGGGCAGCACGGCGGUCUAGUGGUUAGCGCGCAGACCUCACAGCGAGGAGACCAGGGUUCAAUUCCACCGUUUUUGCAUGUUCUCCCCGUGCAUGCGUGGGUUUUCUCCGGGUACUCCGGUUUCCGCAUUCCAUAAACAUGCUAGGUUAAUUAGCCACUCCAAAUUGUCCAUAGGUAUGAAUGUGAGUGUGAAUGGUUGUUUGUCUAUAUGUGCCCUGUGAUUGGCUGGCCACCAGUCCAGGGUGUACCCCGCCUCUCGCCCGAAGACAGCUGGGAUAGGCUCCAGCAUCCCCCGCGACCCUUGUGAGGAAAAGCGGUAGAAAAUGAAUGAAUGAUUGAAUGAUGCUUAUGUUGGGUGAUAAUAUUUGUAUUCAUCCAUUUCAACCACGGACAGUGUGCGAUGGCAUUUGCUAGUUUGGCUGAAAUUGUGCAAAAAAAUGAGGAUUGCCCAAAAAAGGAUGCAUAACAAUAAAUAAUAUGGAUCUUAUGCCAGCAUUAUAGCACCUACCAAAUGAUACAUUAUACAGUGAAUGUGUAUUCUGAAUCAUAAGACUCUCCAACACAUGAACAGGAUAUGCGUCAUUGUUUUUUCAGAAGUUUUUAAAAAAUACUCAUCAUUUGUCAAAAUGUAAUCCUAUAAAAAGACUAAAUAUUUAUGUUCAUGUUCAAUGCUUCGAUAUUUUUUACCUGGUUAUUAGUAAGUAAUUCACAAAAAGGUCAUAUCAUUUAAAAUAAAACAUAGAGAAAGACAUUUCAUUUAAGAACUUUGGUUAGCUCCCUCAUUUCAAAUCAUACAAACUUUUUAUGACCCUCCCCUCUGAAAAGAAUCAGAAUCAUUAGGAACCCAAAUCUAAAAGAGGAAUCGGAUACACGGAAAUUGAAACGAUAUCCAACCCUAGGUACCAGGAUGCGGUCUUCUCCUUCGCGUCCACAUCUCUCGUUCCCUCUUCCACCUGCUCACCCCCCCCAACCCCCCAGAUCGCACCUCCACGUGACACCACCCCUUCUCUCCUUCACACCACAGUCAGGGUAUUUGGAAGUAAACAAGCGCUUAGGUUGCUGUGGCGCUAAGGUCAGUGUCCAUGUGGGGAGCCAAACCUCAUUCUGUUAUCAUUCUACAAAAGGCCGUGGAUUGCCGACCACUUAAGAGCCUAAUGGUGUGGUGGAAUAUGGGCUCAUGAAAAGUAAUAGUGGUUUUCAACAAGGUUGAGCACCCCUGGUCUGGCACGUUUAUUAAGCUCCAUUCUGGUUUUAGCAGCGUCUUGGACAGAAGCUAGCAAAUAAUAUGUUUAACAGUAACUUUGAAUCUACACAGUAGUAGAAUAGAGUAAGUUAAGAAUCUUUUAAGGAGUAGUAUUGCUUGGGUAUUGUGUGAAUACACGGUGACAUAGUUGAAUUAGCAUCUCCAUUAUGCUCUACAAGGCUCUAAGGAACUUUCCACCAAUGUUGUUUCCAUGGUGUCCCGACACCAGUCCCAAGUGGAUUCAUCUAUAUCCCGUGGCCAUGUGCAGCUAAUCCGUGUGAUCAGUAUCAGUCCAGAACGCCCAAUCCCAAAGACGUAUUGUCAUUAAAUUGUCAUAGCUAAUGGUGUUAUAAUU